CCUUGACAAGGGUGAGUGAUCUUUGGACGUUCGACACUGAAGAAAAAAGAUGACUUCCAUGUCGCACAACACCUAAAUUGUUUAGAUGUGGACAAAAGAUAAUACAGAACAGCUUUACGGAUCUUCACUUUUUAAUAAAACCAGCCUGCAUUGCCCUAACAAACACAAUUAUCUUUCUUGGGUUUUUCCUUUGAUGGAUAAGUGUUUCGUGGAAAGAGACGAACACAGUACAUUUUGGUCAGAUUUCACCCUUAAUCAAAAUGUCAGAAUUCAUACAGGAUGCUCUAUGAAUCUAAGUGUACAUCGUUUUGUAACUGUCAUGCUGGAUGUGACUUGGAAUCACCUGUAUAGAACAAUCGUAAAAGCCAGUUCUCUAUAUUAGUUCAGCAGUCCUUAUAUCAGUCAACGCUAUGACAGAAACGAUGACAGCUAACACAAAUAUCACACUGACAUUGAAAGACUUUGCCGAGUACGAUGCUGCCAUGGUAAUCUGGCACUACAUUUCGCCACUAUUGCUGUUGGUUGGCACCGUGGGAAGCAUUCUGUCCGUUGUUGUGUUGUCAAGAACGAGACUGCAUUCAGUUACCACGAAGUUCUAUCUGAUCCAGCUGGCGUAUAAUGACGUCAUUGUUCUCAACCUGGGACUGUUGCACUACUGGAUGGACUAUACCUUCAGUUUCAAUAUAAGGAACAUUUCUAGCUUUGCCUGCAAGGUUCACACAUUGGCCGUCACCCUGUUUUUAGACUACUCUGCUUGGAUUCUUGUAAUGUUAACAGUAGACAGAUGUAUUUAUAUCUGUCUGCCAGGUAAGGAAUUACAGUUUUAUAACAUACGAAAUGCAAGAAUCGUUUCAGCGGUUGUCUUUCUUAUGCUCCUGGCAGUGAACAUGCAUUUUUUGUGGACAUAUGAUGUGGUGGAUACGAUCAUGUUUGGGCGAACAACAGACUGUGAUGUAGGCAGACAAGAAUAUAAAUAUUUUGUUGAGUAUGUGUGGCCGUGGAUCGAGCUCUGUGUUUUUUCCUCUAUUCCCUUUGUUAUCAUGGUCGUCGGAAACAGUUUAAUUUUAAGACAGCUGGGAAUAUCAGAUAAGAAAUUGCAGGACCAUAGAGAACAGUCUUCGCAUUCAGCGAAACGCCAAUCUGUAAAUUCGAACGUCAUGGACACUAGUACUAUACCAGAAGCGAGUUCACUUGCAACAGAAGUGCUGCCAGAAGUCAUUUUGCAUGUAAUGGAUCCUAUUCCACAAGCUAAUGCGCAUGUAAUUGUUCCUAUGCCUGAUGAGAAUUUGCAUGUAACAGAUGCUAUGACUGAAGCAAAUUCGCGUAUAACGGAUCCAGUGCGAGAAGAGAAUUCGCUUGUAACAGAUUUAGUGUCAAAAACGAUUCGUUCUAAAAUGGAAACUACUGAAGGACCGCAGACAGUCAAACCAAUUUCCAGUAAUGUUUUGUCAGGAUACUAUCUGCAACAAGAUCGACGUAGCCCACCUGCAAAUUCGCACGUCAUGGACGCUAUAACAGAAGAGAAUUUACUUAUAUCAGAUUCACAGUCAAAAACAAUUCCCUCUAAACUCGGAACUACAGAAAGGCGGAUGUCAGUCGACCUUAAAAUGACGAUGACAAAACAAAUGUCAAAACUGAAAUCAAUCUCUUCACAAAUACUUUCAAGGGGGAGACAUGCAAAGCUGGCACUAAUGCUUCUAUCGAUUAAUUGUAUGUUUCUUCUGUUGACGUCACCAAUUGUGAUUUACCUGAUUUUGUUAAGUCACUGGCAGGUCUCUCCAGAUGUACACGAAGAGGCGGAGCUAGUGCUUGGCUGGGCUAUUGUCAGCGUCUUGCAGUAUGCUAACAAUUCCAUUCAUUUCUUCCAGUAUUACCUGACAAUACCUUCUUUCUAUAAAGAGUUCUGGUCAACAUUCCGUAAACCACGUAAUGUCCCCAACGUAUAAUUGCUAUAAUCGAAACACAAUUGCAUCUGCUCUGUGUUAUAUCCUACCUCCUAACAACAGUUGAAUCCAAUAAUACUAUUUCACAUCACGUGUUCUCUCGGUGCCACGCAUUGUAUGUCUUAUCACCUUAUUCUUAACAGGAAUCCAUCCCGAAUACCAAGUGAAUUGUAUUGCAGUUGUGUUAAAGGAGAACUGAAGUCAAAUAUGAGCCUUAUGUUUUGGAAAGAUGCAUACCCGGACCUCCAACACAUACUGCCACUUCAAGAAAUGAAAACCGCGUAAUUUUAGAAUUUAUUAAAUAACGUGAUUAUUCCUGCUAACUGGGGGAAGCCAUGUUGUUUCUUUUUCAUCGCGUCUGGUACUCUAGCUUGGGAAGAAGUGAUGUCAGCUCCUACUAACUUCUGUAUGCACAGUAUAAACAAAUGCAGUAAUUUACAAGGUGCAUAACUUUGAUCAACCUGACUUGUAAAGCAACAUAAAUUGAUAAUAUAAUAAAUUAUUUAACUAAAUAUAUUUCAAUUUGCAUUAACAGAACGAAAUGGUGUUAUAGUAUUUUUCUCUCUUAAAAAAUACAAUAAAAAAUGCAUACUAUUAGGCCUAUUGGUAGACUACAUUGGAGCAAACACGACCACCCACGGUGAUAAUUUUCUUUUCUUUGGGACUACGUGAUUGGUCAAUUUUGUUAUUUUAGAUGGGAAAGUCUACUUAAUCAAGAGUUUUACUGAAUUAUUUACGGUAAGAAAGCAUGACGGCUGAUAAUGUCCACUACUAUUUUAUGGGUGGCAGGUUAUUUCACAAUACCCUGUGAUGUUAAUAAUUCCGGUUCGUAUUUCUCGUUUCUAGAUGGCGGUAAUUAAUUGCCUUGUCUGGUUACCUACCAAAUAUACACCUUCCAAUCAGGAAUCACAGGUGAAAGCAAUUAAAAAGAAUAUACCAAAUAACUAAGAAAACACCCUGUUUAUCAUUUCAGUACGUAGCUUAAUGCAUGGACAAAACAUGAUACAGUUAUUUCAACUUUGACAAUGGUGGUUUAUUUUGUAUUGAAAAAUAAUAUAUACUUAUUACUGGGAUGGAUAUUAU